AUGUUCACCUCAACCAAAACCACGUUCACUCCCUCAACCGACAUCCCUUCUCUGAAAGACAAAGUCAUCAUGGUGACAGGCGGCAACAGUGGCCUAGGGAAACAGUCCAUCGUUGAACUCGCCAAGCAUAGGCCAAAGGAAGUCUGGCUCGCGGCUCGCGACCCUAAACGGGCCGCCGCCGCAGUUACAUCUAUCAAAUGCGAUCUUGUCGAACCUGUUGACAUCAAAAUCCUCGACAUGGACCUCACCUCCCUCGACUCCGUGAAACGUGCAGCCGAAAGAUUCCGGUCUGAAUCGUCCAGACUGGAUAUCCUGCUCUUGAACGCAGGUAUCAUGUCUGUUCCGCCGGGUCUGACAAAUGAAGGCUACGAGAUACAAUUCGGAACAAACCAUAUGGGCCAUGCACUAUUAGCCAAACUAUUGGUACCUGUUUUGUUGAAGACGGCAACGUUGCCAGGAUCAGAUGUAAGAGUCGUGGUUCUGACUUCCCAUGCGCAUAACUAUGCUCCAGAAUCCGGGAUCCAGUUCGACACCUCAAAAACCGCGCAGACGGAAUGAACACUGUUGCGCGGUAUGGACAGAGCAAGUUGGCAAAUUUACUAUGGGGGAGGGAGAUGGCAAGACACUACCCCCAGUUGACUGUGCCGCUAGUUCAUCCAGGGCUAGUGCGGACAAACCUGGCGACCACAAUGGGCCAAGGUAGUUUGAUCAUGAGGAUUCUGUGGUGGAUUGCGAGCUUGGUUACAGGUGUCGAUGUUGAGACCGGGACACUGAAUCAACUUUGGGCUGCUACCUAUCCCCGUGUUGAAAGCGGGCAGUAUUACGUCCCCGUUGGGAAGACAAGGAACGGGAGUAAGUAUGCUCAGGAUUUGGGACUCGGGAAGAAGCUUUGGGAGUGGACAGAGAUGGAGCUGGAGGCAUAUUUGAAUGGAUAG